AUGGCACCAGCAAGCCAGACUACCUACCAGAAGGACGAGAGAGUACUCUGUUUUCAUCAUGAGAUUCUUUACGAGGCGAAAAUCCUCGAUCUUCGACACACGGAUGCAGAUGAUCGAAAGAGCCCGUACGAGUAUCUAGUCCAUUACAAAGGCUGGAAGAACACGUGGGAUGAUUGGGUACCCCAGGAUCGCCUGCGCAAAUUUACGGAGGAGAAUAGAGAGUUGGCGACUACCCUUCGUCGUGAAGCUGAGGCUGCGCUUCGCCAGAAGACCACGAAACCCUCUGUCAAGAAGAGGGGAGGCUCCGACCGCAGUUCCGCCCGGGGUAGCGAGGAGAGACAAACAUCUGUUCCUGGCCGAGGGACGAAACGGGCUAGAGAUGUCGAUGUUGAAAAGGAGGAAAAUUUCUAUACUCGGCCAUCAGUCAGAAUUGUGAUGCCCGACAAUCUCAAAUCGCUCCUUGUCGAUGAUUGGGAAAAUGUCACUAAGAACCAGCAAGUGGUGGCGUUGCCAGCCAAGAGCUCGGUUAAUCAGAUCUUGGACGACUAUCUCAAGGAGGAGAAGCCCAAGCGCACUGGCACAUCCGACUCGGAUGUGCUGGAAGAAGUAAUCAUGGGCGUGCGCGAUUAUUUCGACAAGUCUCUGGAUAAGAUUCUUCUUUACAGGUUUGAACGGGAGCAGUAUCGCGUCCUUCGCAAAAGAUGGGAAUCUGAAACUGCAGACAAAGGGCCCCUUGACAUCUACGGUGCAGAACACUUGACACGACUUUUUGCCACGAUGCCGGAGCUCAUUGCGCAAACAAAUAUGGACCUUCAGUCCACAAAUAGACUCCGCGAGGAGCUUUCGAAAUUUACGAUCUGGCUGAGCAAGAAUUCUGAUAACUAUUUUGCAACACGUUACAUGACCGCAAGCAAUGAGUACAUUGAGAAAUCUCGCGGCGUUCCCAACCCAACUCCUGGGACUGCUACCUCGCGCCUUGUCUGA